AUGGUUAGCACAACUAGCCAUUUAAAGCAAAUUACCUGUCCCAGUCAGGUAAAUAAAAUAAAAGAUGCAAGAAAAAAAAAAAAAAAAAAAAAUGAAAAUUCAGUAGAAAUUAAAAGUACAAAUUUGAAAUAUACAAAUGAGACCAAAAGGAAAAAACUACAAAACAAAAUUAAUGACAAAGAUAGGAAUGGUGUAAAAAAAAAUUUAAACAAUAAGAUAAAUGAAAAAUGUUUUAUUAAUAAUGUUAUAUAUAAGUCUAUGUUGAAUUGUAAAAAGGAUUAUAUGUCUAGAGGACAAAAGAAAAAAUAUAGUUAUAAAACAAGUUUAUCAGAAGGGAAGAAAAAAAAUAUGAACACAACAAAAAGUGUCAAUUCACAUCAGAUAAAGAAUGAAAAUUAUAAAAUUCAAGAAAACAAAUGUAUAUUAAAAAAACUAAAUGGAGAAAUCAAAGAAUUAAAUCUUAAUAAUAUACACGAGAUACUUCCUAAUUAUAUACCAUAUCAACAAAGUAUUCAAGAUAAGUAUGAUAUUUUCAAAAAUAAAAUUACUUGUUCUUAUUCAUAUACCAGCACACAAACAAUGGAUAAAAGAAAAUGUUCAAAAUUGGGUUUCAUACAAAAAUGUACAAAAGUAUUCAAAAUGAAGAAAGAUGAAAAUAAAAUGCAUACUUGCACGAAUGUUUGUCAAAAAAUAAAACUUCCUAUUAAUAAUAAUUUAAAUGAUAUACAAGCACUUGAUGAUGAAGAUGAAUUAUGUGCUUUUGAAAAGAAUCUAACAAAAAAGGAAGCCGUUCAGAGAAAAAACCUUUUAUUAUAUCAAUCAUCAUAUAUUAAGCAUAAUAAAAAUGCCAAUUUUCAAAAUAUCAAUUCAGUUAAAGAAAAUGUAUCACCCAUAGUUUUAAAACAUUCAAGAAAUAUGAUCUUAAGCAAAAAGAAAAAUUUAAAAUUUAAACACAUGUCAAGCAUACCAAUUGUAGAAGACACACAAAAAAAACAAAACAUAUAUCAAACAAAUAAUCAUAUUGAUAUCACAACUAUAAAAAAUACCGAUAAGAAAAAUAAGAUAUAUGAUGAUAAAAAAGAGAAAAGUAUAUUUCAACAAAAUGUGAACAACAAACAAUCGAAUAAUUUCUUAGAAAUAUCUUCAUUUGAUGAAAAAAAUUCAAACAUUAAAUUAGAACAGCAUAACCAUAAAAAUAAGUGUAAUAUAAAAGAUACAUGCGUAAAAAAAAAAAUGAACUAUAAAGUGAUAUACCAAAGUGAUGAAGACAAAAAUAAGAAGACCCCAAAUGAAUGUAUAGACACAUCUAGUUUAUUAUGUAAACCUGGAUAUGUUGAGAAGUAUUUAUAUGAAUCUAAUUCUUCCAUCAGCUGUUCUCCAAAUAAUGAUAAAAAUAGGAAUGCUAUUAAUAAUAAUAAUAAUUUCAAAAAAUUAAACGAAAGAACAAAUAUAAUUCAAAAUUCUGAAUCACAUGACUACAUUGAAAAAAAUAAUAUUAAUAUAUAUAAGUAUGAUGAUAUUCUUUAUUAUAUGAAAAAAGCUAUAUACAACUCUCCCACAUACAAUAUAGAUAUACAAUAUAUGAGUAUUCUUAAUGAAAUACUACAAGUUGAAAAAUUGAAAAUAUAA